AUGUUCUCGGGAAUGAGUUCACUGUCCGUGUCUACACACAGCCGCCGCGGCCAGAAACGGGUCGGUAGUUUCAUAAAGUAGAAGAUAAUUCGGAAGACAAAGGACGUUUGGAGAAGGGGGAGGCGGUCGCUCCGCAGACGCUUCAACUGGGCCGUCCGAACUGAACGCCCUUUACUCGGCUAGCCUCUAUCAGCCUUUGUACGGCGCGGCGAUGGAUGGAACGGAUUGGGCGAAAGUCGGAGAAAGCGGAGUUGGUCUGCACCGCCGUUCAAGGGCAAAAAGUUCAAGCAUCACGUUGGGGUUUUCCUUUUUUCUCCUAUGUCGGGACUUGGGUCUUAUCUGUCUCGGGUACUUCGAGAGAAGGAGCUGAUGUUGAGAUAGAUUCGAAUUUUGACCUUGAUCAGAACUAUCAAAGAUUCGGUCAGCUGGACUGAAUUCUGCAGGACAAGUUCUUCGAUCUCGAGUGUCAGCUAAGGAGAAGAAGCUCGGUUCAAAAAAGAUAGAUCUUCAGAUUCUCGGUUCUGAUGAGUUUGAUAAGUACUUCGGAACUAUUAAAACUUCGAACUACCUCGGAUCGAAAAUUUCUUAGAAAAUUAAGCUCGGUUACUCUGAAAAACCGAAGCCAAAGUCCGACUCACGAGGAUCAUUAUCUCACUUCUACCUCAAUCAUAUAUGUUUUUUUUUUUGAAAGUCUAAAAAGAUAGUUUCACCCAAAGUUAGUAAAAUCUAGUCUUACCCACGAAGGAUAGGAGCAUGGCCAUCUACUUCAAUCAAGCUGUAGAACUGCUAAAACUUCAGGUUUGCCCCAGUGAGAGUUGAGCUCAAAAGUCAGCUUAUGACCAGAGAAUUAUAUGCGAAAGUAAGGAGAAAGAGGCACUACCAAAGGAAGAGGAUCCAUUAGGAAACAAUGAGGCCCAAAAAGUGGGCUCGAAGCGAAAAAAAAAAGAGCGGAGAGGCCGUUUUUUUGCGUCGAAGAGGUAGCUAUGGAGUCGCCUUGGCGCCACCGCCAAACUCAUCUCAAACACUUUGAUUUUGAUGGGCCGCCGAUGACAGAAAAUGCAUAUUUUAUGGAAAUCGUCGUCGAGAAUCUUCUGUAGCUUUUGCAUAAAGGAAGAUUGAAGAAUGAGUUAUUUUUGGAGCGGUUGAGAUACGCUAUGGCUAAAAUAUAUAUUCUUUUUGAAUAUUCAUGAGCCUAAUUUCAUACGAGCUUUUGAUUGAAAAAUGAUGUUAUUUUUCUUUUUCAUUUGAGAACAGUUUACUAGUUGAAAUUUUUGAAAGUUUCACUGGUAACUUUCUUAGUUUAGUAGAAUUUUUUUCUCUUGAAAAUUAUGAUUUACAUUUUAAACUAAAAAAAGUAACUAAAAAAAUUGUUUUUUUCAGUAAGUUGGACCCUUUUUUUCAGCCGUCAAUUCAUAGCUUUAAGCCGAAAAAGAAUCGAAAAAUUAAUCAUGUACUUUAUGAAACUGAUGUAACAUUUAAAUUUAGAACCUCUUUUCAAAAAUUAUCUUGAAAGUGCGGAGGAUAAAAAUUUUACUCUUUCCAAAACUAACAGGUUACUGAGAUUAGAGAUUAUAGCUAAUUUUUCACCGAAUUCAUUUUUUUUCAAAUCUUUUUUCAAGAAUGGAUUUCGAUGAAAAAAAAAACCAAAGUUGGCCAAAAAAGGAAACAUUUGAGCGGUAUGCGAGUCGAAGCUUGAUCCUCGAGGCCGACAAGGAGGUUACUGUAGAGCGGACAACGAGAUACACGAAUCGCCACCUGGGAGAAGCCGUCGUCAGCCGAAACUAGUUCCCCUGGCGGUGGCCACGCCCACUUCGGCACUUCGCACACCGAUAAAUUGUUUCCAACUAAGUCCACGACAGUAACCCGCAGAUAUGAGGAUGUGGGUCGGAUCAGCAGAUAACGCUUUCAGUUUUCUUUCUUUUCGCACUGCCCGAGACUUCAAACUAAAGACAAGGUAAUGAAUUGAGGGCAGCCCUUUGAAGCUUUGUCUCAAAGUUCUGAAAAACUUCAACUUUUGAUUCUCGCUCGAGUAUUACUCAUACCUACUGUUUCCUUUUUUUUUCGGCUUUCCUUCGAUCAAAAUAGCCUAGCAUGUUCAAAAAUUCCUCUUGGAGUAUUCAAAAGCUGAAAACUGGAAACGACUCGAUUACCUUUAUUUACGAAAUCGAAAAAAUUUAGUAGGUUGAAAAAACUGUCGUGCUCCCUUAAAUUUUAUGAAAAUUUAGAAAUAAUAUUCCAAAAUUCAAAAGGUUGGCAUAAAACACGGAUCGGAGCAAAUAACGAAUUUUUUUCGCGCCACAUGAACUAUAAAAAAAUAGAAUUAAAAUUUUUCAAAAAAAUACUAAAAAAAUGAUGUUAAACCAACAUGAGCUUUUUCGAACCAGUAACUAAAAAUUGAGACUUUCAAGCUUCUGAAAUGUCCAUGAAACCAAUUGAGAUCAUUAAACUUUUUUUCCUUGAAAAAUUCAUGUGGCAAUCUAAGAUGAGCAAUACAUCCACUGAUAAUUUUUCCAUUGAUUCUUAUAAAUUGAGUUUCAUCAAGCAUUUAAUCACCCUGAAUGAAGAGGCGGAGAAAAAAGCCUUGAAAUAUGUUUUCCUCGGCGAAAAACGUUGCCAUUUGGCCCCGCCCCUGACCACGCCCAUUUGUCAUGGACGCGAUUCUUAGCGGAAAUGAGAAAAGAGAACUUUCUAUUAGAAGUUGGAAAUAUAGUUAAAUUAUAAGAGUAUUUGAGCUAGCCUAAGAUAGAAAAAAAAACAAGAAGAAAAAUAGUUUCCGUUUCGUUCACAGAUUUUGAAUGAUGAUCAAUCAAUUAGAGAGCACAUUUACUGAAAGCUUCAUGAAAUGAAAAAAAAAAAAACGGAUUUUUAAAACUCCAAGACCUUCUCAAGUUGCACAGAAUUGAACUGGAACUUGAAAGUACUCAUCCAGCUAGGAAAAAGGUGCUUUUUCCCAAGAAUAAUCAGAAGAAGCUGAAAAGUCAAAAGUACAGUGGUCAGCGGAGACUAAGAGAUCUGAAGGAGGAAAAGUUACGACAAAAGCGUUUGUUUUGUUUGUCGAAAGUUGAGUGCGGGAGCAGGAGGGGCUACUACCGGUCGACAAACUCGUAAAAGGUCGGGCGAGGGUCGCAACUGCUUCGCCUGUGGGGUCCUGAUCAGCGUCGGUCAGGCUCUUCAACGAUAUUUCCGCCUUGGGCUCCUCUCGAGUAAUGACCACACCCUCUCGAUUGAUAUACUCGAUCGGCUCGCGUUCACCCGAGAUUGCAACACAUCAAGAAGAAAGAUUAUUCGCUAGGGGGUCGGGGAGAAUUUUAUUUUUUCGGGCUAGGGAGAAUGACGAUCAUCGACUUGGAUGAUCUUUCAGGUCAGUACAAGGACACUAAUUUAAUUCAUACAUUUCUGAAAUACAAGCUGUGUCUAGAAGGAGAGUGUCUCUGAUAAAAAAAAAUUGGAAAAGAUAAUGGUAUUUUUUUCGACUUUUUUUGGAAAGUCUUUAAAAAAAUGAUCUGAAAAAAAUGAAUAUGAUGAUUCAAGAAACUUCUUAAGAAAAAGAACAGGAGCUCAAAAAAACUUUCAAAACUUAUUUGAAACGAGGAAAAAUAUCAAAAUGAUCAAUUUUAUUUGAGAGAACCGUAAAAAAGGUCGAGAAAACAGUUGAAAAAAAGGUUUUUAACACUGAAAAUGUUCUUCGCUUUAUCUGUGAGAAAGUCUGAAAACUGGAACUCCAAUCUUGAAGUUGGAAAAAUGAUCGUAGCCUUGAAGAAAAAUUAAUAGAAGACUUAUCUUCAAGAAAAAAGCAACUCGUCCUAAAAAAAACUCUGACACAUGAGAGGGAGGCGUAGGAGAAAAAAAUGGUCAUAGGAGCUCAAAACUUCAAAAGCAGAUAAUGAAUCUCUAGAUAAUUCUGGACAAAACUUUGAUGAGAUCAAAUAAAGUGAUCUCCUCAAGAAGCAGACCUGGAAAGCCAGUCAACGGAAAGGAGGAUUAGGUAAAGGACAAGUUAGGCGCGACGCGGGUCAUUACCGCCAGAAGACGCUGGCCAGAUAGUACACGGCGAGGUUCCCGAAAGUAGGUCGGACGCCGUCGACGCAAAAGGUUCCCGAAGAAGAAGAAACGCUUUUUGAAAGUAAAACCAAACACGUUCAUAUACGGAAAAUUAGGCCGGACGCCAACGGCCAUGUACUUGUCUCGCGACUUUCGCCUGCCCUUUCGCCCCACACACACAAACGUCGAGAGUCGUGUUGACCCAGAUCCGCCGCGGCUUCUGUCGAGUACGACUUCUCGACUCGUCCAACUGUUUCAAUUCAAGGCGUCACGAGACGUCUUCAGAAGCGUCAGGAAUCGACUCAGUUGGUCUGAGGGUGUCUAG